AUGAGGCUUCUUUUGAUUCGGCACGGCGAGACCGUCGAUAAUGUUGCCAACGUAUAUGCCGGCGUCACAGACUCUGCACUAACGAACCAUGGCGUAUUGCAAGCCAAUCGACUUGGCACCUAUCUCGCAGCUUCGAAAGUUUCCCAUAUAUUUUCUUCCGAUCUCCAACGAGCUAUCAAGACAGCAGAAGCUAUUCUCGUUGCUCAGGAUAAUGUCCCUUCUUUCAAAGUGACAAAGCUCGAGCUUCUUCGAGAACAAGACUUUGGUCACUAUGAAAAGAAACAAUUUCAUGAACGUUCAAAAAAUUCAAACAAACCCGGCAAGGAAAUUCAUUCCGAGGCACACCGAAUGGAUCCAGGAUUCAAAGAUGUGGAGUCGAAGGAAUCGAUGAAGAGGCGGAUGGAAACAUUUGUCGAUGAGCAUCUGAUACACCUUCUCUACAUCGAUGAAGACAAUCUCAAUAAUCAUACCAUUGCCAUCGUGGCCCAUGGUAUCAUUUUGAAUCAUCUCUGGCGAGUCAUCUUAAGACGAUUCAAUCCAAAGAAUGUCUCAAUUGGUCCUGAUGUUCCACGUCCUGAACGUGGUCUAGAAUAUCUUGGUGGUUGGUCCAAUACUGGCUUCUUGGAUCUGGAUAUCAAACCUAUUCAAGAAGUGUCAUUUUCCAAAGUUGGUUCUGUGCCUUCAGUAUUGGAUAAUCAAUCAAAUGUUCAGGACACAGUGAAGCUUCCAAAUCAUGCUGUUGACAGGGUCGAGGCUACCAUGUCACUCACAAUAAAAUCUGUUAAUAAUAUGGAUCACCUCAAAGGGCUCAAGAAAACCCGAGGUGGAUUAGGAAGCUUAAAACAUGACUCCACUCAAAGAACCAUGGAUUCAUUCUUUAAAAAAAGGAAGCUUGGAUGA